GGCAUCUUCCCUGCCAAGUUAAUGUACCUCGAUACCAUAAUUCAAUAAAACGUAUGAAAAAACAUUACUACCGUGCUUGUCGUUUCAUUAUGCAUCAAAACUAACUGUCCAGCGCCGUUUGAAACCUUUGUUUACAUAUAUUUCAAGUGACCCAUAUUUUCAAAAACAAACGGUGUGCGUGCGGAGUUUUGUUACGGGUGAUUUCAUUGGUCCAAAGCGAAGGUGUGUCUUGGUUCCCAGCUUCUACACGAUCUCAUUAGUAAACGUGGGAACCGAAGUUUCCCGCGGUAUGUCAAAUUUGUACACUACGCAGUUUGUGUAUACUGAUUUUAAUUACAUAAUGGAUUUAAAUGGUGAACAAAUCGAUGCGUUAAACAAGGUAACAAACGGUCACAAUGUUUUAAUACUUGGCUCAGCAGGCACUGGUAAAACGCACUUAAUUAAACAGAUAGAAAAAUCAUUAAAAAAGAAUAACAAAAAUGUAGCAAUAACAGCCACCACUGGAAUAGCAUCUGCUCUCUAUGCAAAUGCGAUGACCAUUCACAAAUGGUCGGGAAUAGGCGACGGUCGCUACAACACGGGUGAAGUCAAGAGCGUAGUCGAACAUUAUGCUGAAUUCGCAAUUGUAAGAGACAGACUGAAAACAACAGAUGUCCUUAUAAUUGACGAAUGCUCAAUGUUGAGCAAGAAGUUCUUCGAGUCAUUAGACCAAGUUUGCCAAAUUAGAAACCCGGAUAAGUUGUUUGGUGGAAUUCAACUAGUAUUAAGUGGGGAUUUUAAACAACUCCCCCCUGUUCCAAAUCCCUUGUAUGCUGAAGAAGGUGAAUUUUGUUUUCAAUCAGAAUUAUUUACAAAAGUGAUACCCCACAGGAUAAUCCUUAGAGAAGUAGUGAGACAAAGCGAACCACAUCUUAUCAAGGCUAUUAAAGAAGCUGCUGAUGGUGAAAUGUCAAUUGAUAGUAUCAAUUUCAUUAAAACCCUAGAGAGACCAUUGACAGACGCAAGUGACUGUGUAAAGCUGUUUUCUCGUAAUGAAAAGGUUGAUCAACACAAUCGUGAUUGUAUACUUGAAUACCCUGGAGAACUGUACGAGUUCAAGUCACACGAUGACGGGGACAGACAUUUUUUAGAAAAAAUGAUUGCACCAAAAAUACUGUGGCUUAAAAUUGGCUCACCAGUCAUGCUGUUGAAAAAUAUAUCAGAUAAACUUGUAAAUGGACUUCAAGGACAUGUGCAUAGCAUCACAGACAUGGGACCAGUGAUAGAAUUUACAUCUCUGCAAACCAAAUUACAGUUAGAAAAACACAGAUUUGCAGUUUUCAGUCCAUCGAAAAAUGCAGAAGUUGCUGUACGCACUCAGUAUCCAGUUAAUCUGAGCUUUUCGAUGACCAUUCAUAAAUCUCAAGGAUUAACUCUAAAUAGAUUGGAAGUGGACUGUCACCAAAUAUUCAAACCAGGACAACUUGGGGUUGCACUUGGCCGUGCUAAAUCUUCAGAGGGACUGAGGGUAAUCAAUUUCGAUCCAACCUGUCAUGUAAUUAGUCAGCCAGAAGUGGUACAACUCUUCAUGAACCAGCCCUCAAUUUUGGAACAUGAAGACCUGAGCUGCUGUAGACCAGGAUUAAAGGGAAACACACAAGAGCCAAACCCACCAGGGAUAUAUACAUUGCAAGACAUGCAGCUAAUACAAGAGAGCAUAGACAAUGUGGAGAUGAAUGAAAAUGUAACUAGCCAGGAAGAAUUUGAUAGUGAAUUUGAUGAACUGAUCCUAAAAAUAAGUAGUGUUAAAGAUGAUUUGAAUCUUCCAGAUGAUUUAAAUCUGGAUCAAAUUCUAGAUCAGAUAAAUUUCAAGAAUCCAGUCACUGCAAUGCAAGAUCAUAGCAAUGUUGAACGAUUGCCAGUUGUUCAGCGACACAUAUCAAAUAGAUCUGUGACAAAUGAAUCACAUGCAAGAGGAGCGAGAAAGAAGAACAUAUCUUCACCAGUUUUUGAAGGUGAAAUUUCUGAAGAAGGAAGUAUUGCUGUUAAGUCCCAAAUGGCUACUAAAGUCAAAAAGUCACACAAAAAAGGGAAAACAAGUAGCACAGGUAAAGGCCCAGCACCGAAGAAAUUACAACACAAAGCAGGUCAACAAGGUGCACCAGGAAUGUGCUCAAAGGAAUUAACUUCUGGUGAUUUGCCUGAUGAGUCAAUCACUUCAAGUGGUGUAGUAACAAGAAAAAGUGAAAGAAAGAGAAAGAAAAUCCAUAUACCAGAUUUUGAAUGUGACUUCUCUGAAAACGAGUAUACUGAAACAUCCUCUCCAACUGACAAGACUGUUAUGUCUUCUGGAGGAGAUGAGAGCAAACCGGUACAGCUCAGUUGGCAGAGAGCUAAGUUGGCAGAGCUCAGUUGGCAGAGAGCUAAGUUGGCAGGGCUAAGUUGGCAGGGCUCAGUUGCUAGAGAGCUAAGUUGGCAGAGCUCGUUGGAAAGGCUUAGUUGGCAGGGCUCAGUUGGAAGGGCUCAGUUUGCAGAGAGCUCAGUUGGCAGAGAGCCCAGUUGGCAGAGCUCGUUUGCAAUGCUCAGUUCGCAGGGCUCAGUUGGCAGGGCUCAGGUAGCAGGGCCCAGUUGGCAGAGAGCCCAGUUGUCAGAGGGCUCAGUUGGCAGGGCUCAGUUGGCAGGGCUCAGUUGGCAGAGCUUGUUGGAAGAGCUCGUUAGCAGGGCUCAGUUGGCAGAGAGCUCGUUGGCAUGA